UCUCUCUGUCCAUCUCUGCGCUGGUGUUCAGUGGCAGCGUUUCUCUUCACUGCAGAGGCAGCUACAUUCUCUCCUCCAGGAUGUCGGGCCUACUGACCAGCUCUUUUCUGCUUUUCCUCUCUCUGACGCUGUUCCAGAUCCCCGCACCAGAGGCAAAGCCUCUCUCAGCCAUGCGUGGCGGCGGUCGCAGCUUUGACAGCCAGGCAGGUGGAGUGCGUCUCCGAAGAGACCUGCGUGACUCAGUGCCCUACGAGGCCCAGAUGAUGUCUUAUCCCGCUGCUGACUUCAAGAGUCGGGGCAAUGAUCUGUACUACCAACCAGAGGUCUUGAGGGCUCAAGGUCUUGGACAAGCCCUCCAGCGACUGGUGGAGAACGAUCAGAGGCGGGAACAGGAAGCAGCUUAUCUGGCAUCAAUGCUGCGUCUCCUUAACGAAGCACAGAAUAACAGACAGGGCAAACCAGAGGAAGAUGAGGAGGAUGAGGGUGAUUUCCAGGGACCCUACCCUCCGGACUACGAUGAGACAGAGCAGGCUGUGAGCAUGGCCAAGCCCCAGGGCCUUCUGGAUCCUCAGCUUACUCAGGCUCUACUCAACCGCUACAAGCAGGAGAGACUGAUGCAGGCUGGACUUGCUCCGACAAACAACAGGAUUCCAGAGAGAGAGCAGGACAAAGACCAAGAGAUGCUCAGGUACCUUGUUGAGAAGAUCCUCUCCAGCUUGGCUUCGGGCGGCAAUCAGGGAGGCCCUUCAAACCAGCGUGCUAAACGGGACCUGAGCGCCGUGGCCAGCAUGGAGCGAUCCGCAGGACCCGCCCUAAAACGCUCCCGUCGCUCCCUAGACUCCGCCCCUGCCCCCUCCCCCCAGGUGGAGGCAUCGCUGCUGAGGGUGAAAAGACUCGACGACGACGUCGACGACGACGGCAUCGCAGGUCAGAGCAACAGAACGCCACACGUCGGCCUGCAGAGAAUGAAGCGCAUAGACACUGACCUGCCACCCCCCAAAAAAACCAGCCGCAAGCGCAGAGCCCUGACCUAUGACCCCGCCCUGAUCGCACAGCACAUCCUGCAGUACCUGCCAGCCUAAAGAGUGCAUGUGAAAGUCAGAGGAAACAAGGGAAAUGUGGGGAAGGGAAAAAGAAGGAAGUCAAGACAGACAGAGCGAGCGAGAGUUUCUGAUGGGGACGGCAACAAUUCACUUGCUUUCAGAAACGCCAGCAUUCAUUGUCAUCCGCCUAAGUCUAAUCAGGCCUGCUUGCCAAGGUACUCUGAUAUGAUGUUACUCUGUUUCGAUGUUAUACUAUAAUAAUAAAUUCCACACACAUAACAGCUUAUGGAAUAUGCUUUUGUUUUUUCUUGCCACAUUGUACAGGCAUUUUAAUACCUUGUUGACAUGCUGUUGGUAACCAGACGGUAUCUCACUCAGUUCUUAAAAACAAAACCACAGCUUGACCAGGGUCACGCAAGAGUGCGUUUAGGUGAUGUUUCUCGUGAGUUUCUACUGAGGGCCGUUUACAACUCGGCAACCCGGAAUCCCAGAGCUCCUCCACAGAUUGAAGGAGCGUUUGCUGCUGGUUCUGCUCCUGUCAUGCUCCAUAUAUCCUUAUAUAUCUGAACCUUAUAUAUCAGAGCUUUACUACAGCUGUCAGUGGGAGUGGAGAACCUCUUUGGCCCAUUUCAGAGCUCACAUUGUGCUUUCAGCAUUUCUGCUGUUUAACCGAACUGCAGCUCUAUACGGAAAAUAAAGUCAUUUCUAGGUUGCUGUAUUGAAUAUUUCCUGUAAUAAUGAACAUAAAUUAGUCUAUAAAACAGCUACCCAGAGUAGGCCGUUGAUAAUACACAACCUAAACAUGGAUGUGGAAUCUAAUUUAUACACAAUACCAUUCAAAAGUUUGGGGUUUAUUUUUUGGGUUAAGAAAUUAAUAUGUAUAUUCAGCAAGGAUGCAUUAAAUUGAUCAAAAGUUACAGUAAAGACAUUUAUAAUGUUACAGUAGAUUUGUAUUUCAAAUAAAUGCUGUUUUUAUGAAUUUUCUAUGAAUUUGAAUUUUUGAAUUUUCAACAUUCAUAAUAAUCAGAAAUGUUUCUUGAGUACCAAAUCAGCAUAUUAGAAUGAUUUCUAAAGAACAUGAAAUGUACCACAUUCCACAUUAAUAAAUAUAUCAUGUUGUAUAUUUCACAUGAAAUAUGUUGUGUAAAACUAUAUUAAACCAAAACAUUUUUUAUUUUAAAUAGUAAUAAUAUUUAACAAUAUUAGUUUUUACUGCAUUUUUGUCAAAUAAAUGCAGCCUUGAUGAGAACUCCAAACUUUUGAACAGAAGUGUAAGGAUGAAGACAUUUACAUCCAAAUGGCAAUGAAUCUACACAGAACAGAACCCAAACACCAGUCUAUAGUUAUAAACUGCUUAAUCCAGAAUCCAAAUCCAAAUUAAUUUAUAUUUAUAUUUACAGUACGUGACUUAUGAAAGUUGGAAGUUUGACAUACCUAAAUCUACUACUGUAUGUUCUUUUAGAAAUUAAGUUUUUGUUUGAAACAAAUGAUUGAGAAACAAAAAUCUCUUAAUUAUUUUUAUUGCAGAAGAUAUCUGGUACAGGUUUAAACAGCACAACACAUCAGAUCUGCUGCUUUAUCCAGCAAUAAGCAGCACUACGUGAGUUUAGACUCAGAAAGAGCCCGUCUAAAUGUCAAACAGUGAGUUUCCUGUCCUCUCUUUCUCUGAUUGGCUGUUAAAGUGGUGUGCCAUCUUCGUAAUGUCAUUUGCAUCCUAUCCAAGCUUGAUAAAAUGUUAUUUUGUCCUCCUUGACUUGGCUUUGAAAUACUCUGUCUGAUACUAUCUAAUCACUGUCCCAACUUCCUGCCCUCUGGGUUUGUAAUCUGACUAUUUGUGAAGGAAAUCGUGGCUCUGAGUAUAUAAACGCUUUUCGUGCAGUCAUAAAAUCUUGUACAAAAAUACAUAUCUCUGCACUGCAAGUUUUGUCAAACAACAAAAAUCACUGUACGUGCUAAUAAAAUGUAUGUGAACACCAAAA